UGUCGCUGGAUUGGUCCUCCCGGAUGUCAUCGCUGCCUAUCAGAUGCGCGCUCCCUCCAUUCUUACCGAGAACAGCUGAAUAUGCUGGGGAAUACACCGUGAGAGAGCUGGCCUGUGCAACGAGGUACUCACAUCACUAGCAUCGCUAAACUGAAAGCCCAGCGACCUUUGCUCCUGAGCAGUCCGGAGGUAGGCGGGACGGGCGCCAUGUCAUCAUGCGUCCCCUCCCUGCCCUCUGCUGAGCCCUGCCCGCCCUUAACAAUGCCACCCGCCCGCCUUCAGCCGCUCGGACGCCCCUGCCACACGUAGCCCCCGCCCCCUGUUCCGAAGCUCCGCCCAGCGGCCAUGGAGUCCCUCAUCGUGGUCACAGAGUACGAGCCCAGCUGCUCCGGGGAGGAGGUGGAGGACAUGGACAGCUCGGACACCCCCGAGCCGGCCGCCUCCCCCAUGCAGCAGGGCCCCGAGCUCCUGUCCCACACGGGGAGCCCCAAAGCCCUGUUCCCCGAGUCCCGGGAGAACAGGACCAGGCUCAACCUGUCGGACCGCAAGCUUUCCCUGCAGGAGCGGCCGCACGCGGUUACCUCGCCCCUGGGCUCCCCCGGGUUGAACGGACGCUACAUCUACCCCUCCCUGCCCUACUCCCCCAUCACCUCGCCCCACGCGUCCCCCCGCCUCCCCCGCAGGCCCACGGUGGAGUCACACAGGGUCUCCAUCACUGACCUGCAGGACUGUGUGCAGCUCAACCAGUACAAGCUGAAAGAUGAGAUUGGAAAGGGCUCCUAUGGAGUUGUCAAGCUGGCGUACAAUGAAGACGACAACACCUAUUAUGCAAUGAAAGUGUUGUCAAAGAAGAGACUGAUGAGACAGGCAGGAUUCCCAAGACGGCCUCCACCCCGUGGUACCAAGGUAGCCACUGAGGGCCCUGCCCAGCCUAAGGGGCCCCUGGAACGAGUGUACCAGGAGAUUGCCAUCCUGAAGAAGCUGGACCACCCCAAUGUGGUGAAACUUGUGGAGGUGCUGGAUGAUCCUAGUGAGGACCAUCUGUAUAUGGUUUUUGAGCUGGUCAAACAAGGGGCGGUGAUGGAGAUUCCCACAGACAAGCCACUGACUGAGGACCAGGCCCGGUUCUACUUCCAGGACCUGCUGAGAGGAAUUGAGUUUUUGCAUUAUCAGAAGAUAAUUCAUCGAGACAUCAAGCCUUCCAACCUCUUGGUUGGGGAAGAUGGCCACAUUAAAAUUGCGGACUUUGGGGUCAGCAACCAGUUUGAGGGUGCAGAUGCGCUUCUGACCAGCACUGUGGGGACCCCAGCCUUCCUUGCACCCGAGACUCUUUCAGAGACCAGGAAAAACUUCUCUGGCAAGGCUCUGGAUGUAUGGGCGAUGGGAGUGACGCUGUAUUGCUUUGUUUUUGGAGUGUGUCCCUUCAUGGAUGAACGCAUCCUGAGUCUCCACCAGAAGAUCAAGACCCAGCCAGUGGAGUUACCAGAGCACAUUGAUGUGUCUGAGGAUUUGAAGGAUCUGCUCUUAAAGAUGCUGGACAAGAACCCUGAAACCAGAAUCUCAGUGCCAUACAUUAAGGUGCACCCGUGGGUGACGAGGCACGGGGCGGAGCCCCUCCCCUCUGAGGACGAGAACUGCACCCUGAUUGAGGUGACAGAGGAGGAGGUGGAGAACUCUGUCAAACACAUCCCCAGCCUGGCCACGGUGAUCCUGGUGAAGACCAUGCUUCGGAAGCGCUCCUUUGGGAACCCCUUCGACUGGGGCAGGAGGGAAGAGAGAUGUCCCUCUGCACCAGGAACCCUGCUGACCAAAGACAAGGCAGGCAUUGGAAAGUACUGCUUCAUUCAUAGUAAUCAAAGGAAACAGGAGAGUGGGGACAGCAUGAGGAACAUGGACUUGCCUUUUGUAGGGGAGGACGAGGUUCUAUCCUGAUCCCAAGAUGGAAGGGUGUGGGUGAGGGGGCGUGGUCAGCUAACCACCCUUUUCCCCAGCAUUACCAUGGGAAGGCCAACAUUCAGAAAGGGUGGUCCACCCCACUAUGACACAGGGCACUAUAGCCCAGGAGCACAGCUUGCCACCCCAGCCAUGCAUGCUUGUCUGCCGUUAAAAAGGCAUGCUCUUACCGCGGCCGUUCUCCACACCAGUGCCAACUCCAGCUGAUGCUUCUUUUUUCUGGAUUCCCAUCUUCUUUCGACCAAAAAAAAAAAAAAAAAAAGCUGCAUUGGGUGCAGUGUAGGGACCUUGUGGUGGUGAAGGGAGUGUGUUUUUUUUUUCCCUCCACGCCUCCGAAUGGCUUGUUUGAUGACGGCUUUACCGGUACGCCUUUCGCGCAGCCAAUUUUGUAACAUAUUCAAUAUUUUCCAAAAAAAAAGGGACUUCUGGGUUGCACAGUGUACAGUGGCAUAUCUGGGUAGGGGGGGUUUAAAUUAUGCAUUUUACAUGUAAUAUUAAUGGAAUAGUAGUUCAAUGGAAAUUGUUGUUCAUAUUCGAAUAUCACAAAGUGUGUAGUAUUGAAAAUUACUUGUUAGAGGACCUUUCUGUUUUUCUACAUCCACAAAGCACAGACUUCCUGUUACAAUAAUGAAUGCCUUUAGGGGUCUAUCUGUGGUUUAAAUAUCACGUUAGUUUUCAGACGACAUUUUGCGAAAUAGUUCUUGCUUGUAGACUUGCAAAUGGGAGUGCUUUGUCAACCUUUUGACCUCAAAAGCCUAUGAAUAUUUAAAAGAUAUAAAGCAUGCUAUGUGGUCUCAGGGCUUUUGUCUUAGAGCAGUGAUACACUAUAGCUGUGGCAGAUUAUAUUAAAGCACCAGUGCUGGACACAAUGAACAUGCUCAGCUAGGAAGUGCAUGGUCUAGUCUGGCUUAUCUUCACUCCUCUGAAGCAUGAUGUAUGAUUUUGUUUUGGGGGGGGGAAGUGCAGUUUUUGUAAUGAAACCCUAUAAGGGAGAACAGUUUAGUACUGAACCUCACAUAGCAUGUCACAUCCUAGAAAGAUGCACUCUUCCAUAUAGGGCACCAUAAUACAAGGAUGUUUAAAAUAGUUUUAAUUUAUUGUAGUGAUAUCCACACUGCAGACAAUGAAAAUUUUGCAUCUAGGUAAAAGCGGGGUGGGGGGGUGAAAUCGGUACUCUAUGGGUACCCACUACCUGAUGCAAUUAUUUUCACUUCCUGCACUGUGAACUAUAGAUCAGACAGUGUUAUGUAGUCACAGUUAUAGUUAUAUAUACUUUCUUAGUAUUUAAAAUCAGUACAUCAUAUAAACAUAAUGCUUCCACAUAGUUGUCUUUUCGACAAGUAUGUGCCAAACCUGCAAUGAAAAAAAAUAUCAAAAUAGUCGUUAGUUCUACCUUACUUUUUCUGCAUGGUCAUAGUACUCUGGGGACAUAUCACAUGGCUCUCUAAAUUAUGAAGGCUUUCAAACAUUACUAUGCAUAAGGAAAUUGUCUCUUUGGUGCAAUUGUUGACCCUCUCUAACCUCCCCUUUUGUUUUAAUGUUUGUUACUGAUCCUCAGAUGCCUCAUAAGUGCUAAUUGUCAGGGUUCCCACAUGUGAACACUUCAAGACAUCUUUAAAUUCUGCAUUAAGAGAAUGUCUUCAGCUUCUGUAUUGUACAGUGGAUUACAUACCAAUGAAAGGAAUGAAUGAAUUGACCAUAUAAUGAUGUGAAAAUAAAACAACUAAUGAAUGGGGAUACUAAAAGAGAAUUUGAUGUUAAAAUACAUUUUGAUGGUACACUAAAUUGUAUGGCCAAAACAAAAUGGCAGUUACAACAGAACAAUCAUUAAGAUGGUCCUGGAAAAAUCUGACCAAGUUAAACAUUUCACAUCACUGGGGCACCCACACCCACUCUUGAGUGUAGUGACAACGCAUUGUUGAGUCACUGAAGCAUUUCCCAGAUUCAGGACGGAGUGAAUACGGUAUCUAGACAGCCACAGCUGAGAAAUUUAACCUUCCAACUGUGGAGGUACCAAUAAGGUACAUUAACAUCAAAUUCCCCUUUUAACUUGUAAUGGUACUUGCAAUGCCCUGUUUUAUUUCUGAUAAUAGCUUGCAAAAAUGUAAAUGUGUAAUGAAAUACUUGAAAAAAAAAAACACUUAAAAUCUUAAACACUAAUAUUUUCAUAAUCAGGUUUACCAUAAUCACAGAGAUUAAUGUGAAUUGUUCAGAGAAUGUUGUAUAGAGUAUAAAACAAGGCCUUUGCAAUACCAAUGCACUUUGGUCUCAGGCUAAAAACCUUUCCGGUUUUGUCAAAUUUGAGUUUUGUCCAAAGGAAUCAUGGGAAGGCAGCCUCUAUGUGCAGGGACUCUUAGUGCCCAGCACCCUGAGCAAUACUGCAAUAGGAGAGUUUGACUGCAGGGUGUUUAUGUACCCAGCCCAUGUAACUGUAAAAUAUUUGUAUUUAUACACAGGUAUUCAAUCUUUUUUCAGUUUUUUUGUAAUACUGUCUUAUCCACCCAUGACAGAGGAGCUACAGUUACAUUUGCCAAUCCUCAUAUCACUUACCAUACUUAGUAUUUCAGCGUAGUAAUACACAGUAGAGUGCCGUGUAUCUGAAUACACUAGCCAACUGCAUGCUUUACAUAUAUAAUCACUAAAUACACAAAGUUUGGUGUGGUUCUGUGGAAGCCGAUGAGUGAGUGAGCUUGUGGUUAAUUACCCUAUACAUAUUGUAUCCGGUUGAUUGUUUCAAUAAAAAUUACAGUUGCCUUUAAGUGAG